GUUAAAAUAAAAUCAAAAUUUUGGGGAUGAAAACAAAUAUUUAAGUAUGAAAAAAUUAUUCAAAAAAAUUGCGCUGGUGAGAUCUUUUUUUGACCCUUAUAUUUUAAUCAAAUACAAUACAAUUUUUGAUUUAUGUGUUUUGCAAAGUCUGACUUUUUAUUAUAAAAGUCAUUUUUUUUCAACCCUGCUUUUACUUGACACUUACGCCAGAAUGACAAAAUUCCCAGUGAUGUAUUUACUUUUUCUAAAUUAAUUCCCAACAACAAACAUUUUAAAAUGGAUUCCAUGGAACAGGCCCUCAACAAAAUUGCAUCAGCAAGUAAAGACGAACAACUCAAAACCGAUUUGGAUGGAUUCAAAGAUCUAUUCAAGAGAUAUUUGGACAAAACUGAGGCUCCACUUCUAUGGGAGAACAUACAAAAGUUACCUGAAGACGCUAUUUUGGACUCCAGUACUUUCGAAACCAUUGAAGAUAAGAGUGUUAUUAAAGAAUUUCUGGGUAAAUUAGUUGUAAUUAAGUUGAACGGCGGACUGGGUACCACCAUGGGAUGCACUGGUCCCAAAUCGGUUAUUCCUGUGAGAAAUGGUUUAACUUUUUUGGACCUCACUCUACAACAAAUUGAGCAUUUAAAUGAGGAGUACGGUGUUAGUGUUCCUUUAGUUCUAAUGAAUUCUUUUAACACGCAUGAUGAUACCACGAAAGUUCUUGAAAAGUACAUUACCUCCACAGCUCACCUUUAUAUAUUCAAUCAGUCUUGUCAUCCGAGAAUCAAUGCUGAAAGUUUAUUGCCUGUGCCCACCACAGGGGAUGUACAAAGCAACUUGGAAGCUUGGACACCCCCAGGACAUGGUGAUUUUUACGUAAGUUUCAAAAACUCCGGUCUACUCGAGAAGUUCAUAUCGGAACAAAAAGAGUAUUGUUUCGUGUCAAACAUCGAUAACUUGGGAGCUACAGUCGAUAUAAACAUCGCAAAUUACUUGAUGAACCCGUGUAAAUCAACACCAACGCACGAAUUCAUCAUGGAGUUUACCGACAAAACCAGAGCCGACGUGAAAGGCGGAACGUUGAUAAAAUACGAAGACAAGCUGAGAAUACUCGAGAUAGCUCAAGUCCCGAAAGACCACGUGGAAGAUUUCAAAUCGGUUAAACUGUUCAAAUAUUUCAACACCAACAACUUGUGGUUGAAACUUGACGCCCUGAAACGCGUCAUGGACGCUGACGCGCUCCGUUUGGAAAUAAUUCCGAACGGAAAAUCCCUGAAAGACGGUACCAAAGUCGUCCAGUUGGAAACUAUUAUUGGAGCGGGCAUGAAGUUCUUCGAAAAUGCUGUGGGGAUCAAAGUCCCAAGAAGCAGAUUUCUGCCUGUGAAGAAAUGCAGCGACUUGCUUUUGGUGAUGAGCAACUUGUACGAGUUACAACAUGGGUCUUUAAUGGUUUCACCGGAAAGGAUGUUUCCCGGAUUACCCGCAAUCAAAUUGGGGGACGAACAUUUUUCCAAAGUAAAGGAUUUUCUGGCACGAUUCAGUUCCAUCCCAGAUAUACUGGAAUUGGACCAUCUUACUGUAAUUGGGGAUGUGACUUUUGGUAAAGAAGCAUCCUUAAGGGGCACAGUUAUCAUUAUCGCAAAUAAAGGGAAUGUUAUAGAAAUACCCAGAGGUGCUAUACUGGAAAACAAGAUUAUAACUGGGAAUUUAGCUAUGAUAGACUACUAAACUGCAAAAUCAUUUGUAUAUUAAUAAUUUUAAAUAAAAAUUCAAGCAUAAACUG